UCCCCUAGACAGAAGGAUCUAAGCCAAACUUAAGAAUCUAAGAUUCUCUUGCCAGCCAAAGCCACUGACCGACUCCGAAGGUAGGGAAAAUUACAUUCCAGUCAAACUAGCCUGCGUUCCGCCGAUAUAAUUUCAAUUCCCUCGAAAUAACCGGUUAUUACCGGCUGAACGCAGGCAAAGUCAAACCAGCUCAUGCGUUCCUAUCAAGGUUCAAAGGUUCAGUUUAUUAUACGAUACUUCGACUGAAGAAAAUUAGCAUGAACUAAAACACCAUACCUAAAACGUGUUUUGUAAGUUUGAUUGUCAUCAAGUCUAGGUUGACUAUCAGGAUUCAGAUCGGGAUUUAAUUCUCUUAUUACCAAACAAUCACGGUUUAGACAGAAAGCAUACACGAAAUGUCGAAGUGUAAACGUCAUGGACGACUUCAGCAACAGGAUAGUCUGCGGUCAUGGUUGGUUUGUUGUACAGCUACCAUAAGCGAUUCAGUUCAUCUAAGCUUAUCGCAUUGCUUUGCUUUGAUACUGCCAAUCUUGGUCGAAGAGUUCAACGAGACGAGAGAGAAUGCAGCUUGGAUUGGAUCUAUCGCCUAUUCAAUGACAUUUCUUCUAUCACCGCUGUGCACACUUUGCUGCAAGUACUUCGGUUGUCGCAAGACUGCGGUAGUUGGAAAUUUGUCAUGCGCAGCAGGCCUCGUCAUCUCUUCGUUUAGCACAUCGUUUCACCUACUGUACUUCAGCUACAGUAUCUUGUUGGGAGCUGGAGGCAGCUUACUUCACAUCUCUGGAAUUCUCUUGGUACAGAGAUACUUUAAUAAAAAGCGUUCCCUAGCAACUGGUGUCGUUUCAACGGGGUCGAGUUUUGGGGCAGUUUUAGGUCCUCUUUACCAGCUUCUUAUUCAAAGAGUUGGUUGGAAAAACACCUAUCGUAUGAUCGCUUCAUGCUUUAGCGUAUCGAUUCUCUUAGUGCUGCUGUUUUACAGCGGUGACGUCGAUGAUGGCAGUAAAGAAAGCGAUGAAGAAAGCAAUAAAGAAAGCGAAGACAAGAGAGAAAGGAAGACAAAAAACUGUUGGCCGAAUAUAAACUUCUCUUACUGGAAUUCAGCGUUUAUUAUAGCUGUUGUGACCAUUACUAUACAGUCUUUGGGCAUAUACAUUCCAUUGAUUCACUUGGUCAAGUACACAAACGAGAUUGGCCUACCACCUCAAAAAGCAUCCAUGCUUUUUAUCUACAUUGGAGUAGUUUCAUUCUUCGGUAAAAUUAUCGCUGGGCGCCUUUGUGACUAUCCUGGAAUAUCCUCAUUUUGGGUCAACCAAAUUGCUGGCGUUAUCUCUGGACUUUCCAUCAUUUUCCUCCAAUUUCCCUCCGAUGAAAGAGGUUUUAUCGCCUUUGCUUGCUGCUAUGGACUUGGACUUGGCUCCUUCAUAACAUCACUCUAUCUUGUAUUCCUUAAUUCUGUGAGACCUAUGGACAGACCUAUUGCUUUGGCAACUGGGGAAGUCAUUUCUUCACUCUCAGUUCUUGUAGGACCGCCUUUCAUUGGUUUUAUAGCUGACAAACUGGAUUCAUAUAUUAUGGCUUUCGCAGUCGCGGGUGGAAUUGUUAUUGCUGCUAGUUUGAUACCAUUCCUUAGGAUUUGCAUUAAAAGCGAUCCCUUGUCUCAAGACCAAAUACACCAAGUUCUUUUAGAAGAAGUAAUUUUAAUAGAAAGAGAAACAGUUCUUUAAGUUAUGUAUGGACAAAUGUUAUUAUCAUUGUCACUGAUUAAUCAAUUAAGUUGCCCUUCAUCAGCAUGGUAGGAACACUGAACAUAGUACUUAUCAACAGUCCCUUUCACAAUUUCCUGCGCCAUCUUGAAAGCUAGCCGUUCCUUUGCAUCGAAGCGAGACGAACGGUGA